GCCUUCCCUCCCUUUUUCCUGCCACCGCCCACUCAGUGUGACUCAUCAAAAAAGCUUUUAAGUUUCGUUUCCGCGUCCCAGCCUAACAGCUGAGAGCUACGUGUGCCAAAAGACAAUCCACUCACACAUGCUCGCUCUCGUCUUCCUGUCCAGCGCAGGAUGUCGGACUGGAGACUGUACGCGUACCAGGAGGAGGUAGUCCAGAGGGCUCUGCGAGGAGAAAACACCAUCAUCUGGCUGCCGACGGGAGCUGGGAAGACGCGGGCCGCCGUCUACGUGGCCGAGAAGCACCUGGAAACCAGGCCGCGGGGAAAAGUGGUGGUCCUGGUAAACAUGAUCCACCUGGUGGACCAACACUACAGCAAAGAGUUCGCUCCCGCCCUGGCGUCGUCCUACAAGGUGGUGGCGGUCAGCGGUGUAAGCAUGGAGAAAGAUUUCUUCGGCAAGGUGCUGCGCGACUCUGACGUGGUGAUCUGCACGGCGCAGCUCUUACACAACGCUCUGGUCAGCACGGAGGAGGAGAAGCGCGUGGAGCUGUCAGAGAUCUCCCUGCUGAUUGUGGACGAGUGCCACCACACCCAGAAGAAGAUGGUCUACAACCAGAUCAUGAUGGAAUACCUGCACAAAAAGACGCUCGCCGAAGAAACGCUGCCUCAGAUUCUUGGACUCACGGCGUCGCCAGGUGUGGACGGGGCAAAGAGUCUGGACAAAGCUGUGCUGCAUGUACUCAAGCUGUGCGCCAACUUGGACUCUGUGAUCGUUUCAGCCGACAAGUCCACUGGGGAACUUGACAUGAAAGUACCAAGACCCUUAAAGAUUUUUGACAUUGUGGAAAAAAGACCCCAGGAUCCCUUUGGAGAUCACCUGAAAAGAAUCAUGCAGCAGAUCCACGUUUUCAUGGAUCCCCCCAGGGACGUCCUGCUGAGAGAAUUGGGCACGCAAGAAUACGAAUCAGACGUGGUCGAGCUGGAAAAGAAAGGAGUGAAGGAUUACAACCGCGUGCUGCAGCAAUGCGCCGUCCACUUGCGUAAAUACAACGACGCCCUGCUCAUCAACGACACGCUGCGCAUGAGAGAUGCUCUGAUGUUCUUGGUGGACUUCUACUGCGCCAAGAUGACCGCCGUCAUCGAUGACACCGACAGAUUCCUGGUGAAACUCUUCGAAGAAAACCAAGGCGAGCUGCAGACGCUGGCGAAGAACCCGCUCUACGAAAACCCCAAGAUGGCCAAGCUGGAGGAAACCCUGCUGAGGCUUUUUAGUCUAAGCAAGGAGUCCAGAGCGAUCCUCUUCAGCAAGACGCGUAGAAGCACCGGCUGCUUGAACGACUGGGUGCUCGACAGCGAGAGCCUGCAGAAAGCUGGCGUCAAGCCCGCCUUCGUGACUGGCACCGCCUCUAUGACACAGUCAGAUCAGCAGAACACCAUCAAGAAGUUCCGCCGGGGCGAGGUCAACCUCCUCAUUGCAACCAGCGUGGCCGAGGAGGGCCUGGACAUCCCGGAAUGCAACCUGGUGGUGCGCUACGGCCUGCUGACCAAUGAGAUCGCGCAGCAGCAGGCGUACGGACGCGCUCGGGCCAAAGACAGCAAGUACUCCUUGGUAGCCCAGCGAGACGGGCAGGAAGUACGCCGCGAGCACCUCAACAUCUACCUGGAGGAGUUGACCACCAAGGCCAUCGCUGAAGUCCAACAGAUGGACCCCCAGCAGUUUAGGGCCAAGUUAGCCGAGCUUCAGAGCGAGGCGGUUUGUCGCAGCCGCACUGCACAAAGUAAGAGGAAGGAAGGUCUCCACCCCGCCUCCAGCGUCCAGCUUCUGUGUCUGGACUGUUUGGCACCAGUAGCGUGCGGCAGCGACAUUCAACUAGUCGAGGAUCAACAAUAUGUCAUCGUCAACCCUGACUUCAAGGAGAAGUACAACAUCGGCCCACAGCUGGUUCUGGAUCGGACUUUCGAAGACUGGGAAUUAGGCGGCAGGAUGACGUGUAACAACGGCAGCUGCAGAAAGGCGUGGGGUCACGAGGUCCUGUACAAGAAGGUGGCCCUACUGCCCAACGUGGCCAUCAAGCACUUCGCCCUGGAGACGCCCGACGGCAGGACCACGGUGAAAAAGUGGAAGGACAUUCCUUUUGUCGUGGACGACUUCAGCUUUACCGAGUACUGCCAGAGUCACCACCCGGACCUUGUCGACUGAGGCCAGGUUGCUGGCGCCACACGGUACCUUCCACACACGUGCCACGUUUGAAUCGUGCUCGAAACGAGCGCGGCGGCUUUCUUGAUGCCCAUUUUUUGUGUCACUUAAGUCACACAACACAAAGUGGAACAUUUUGUGAACUGGAAUAAUGACAUGUAUUUUAUGUAAUUAAGUUUUUAUAGACAAACUAACGGGUUCUUAUCAAUUUCAAAUUUUAUUGGCAGGUCCAUUCUGCAAAAUAAAGGAGUCUACAUAACA